UCUUGGGUUUCAAUCGAGAUUUUCGUUAUUUUUUUCUGGGCCAAAUUCUUUCAUUAUUUUGAAACCCGAAAAAAUCGUUGAUUGAAAUUAUUCACAAUCAUCAUCAUCAUCAUAAUCAUGACGAGCAAAACUAAUCAACCUAGUUCGAUUUCGGAUACAAAAAAUCAUCUUGCUGAAUUGAUUAAAAAACGAGCCGAAAUGCAGCAAUCAUUACGAACAUUGGAGCAACAAAUUUAUAAUUUUGAAGGAUCAUAUCUAGAAGAUACAUAUCAAUAUGGUAAUAUUAUUAAAGGAUGGGAAAGAUAUCUUUCGACAAAUCGAACAAAUCAAUCAAAUUCGGAUAGAAAAAAUGUUCGAAAAUUUAAAGAAGCUGAUCGUUUAUUUUCCAAAUCUUCGGUAACAUUUCAAUUGGUAAAAGAUAAUGAACAUGGACAAAAUGAAACUGAUGUACAAAAUACUAAUGCUAGUGGCUCGGAAGAUGGUGAAUCAAAUUCUGUUGAUGAAAAUAUAAACUCUUCAAAAUUAUCCAAAGUAUCUAAUAAAUCGAAAAAGAAUAUGGCAAAAAGACCAAGAAAAGAUGAUUAAUCAAUGCACACACCAUCACCACCAAUCACCAAGACAUUUUAAACAAA